UAUCUUCCUCUAUCAAUCAAAAAACUCCCCAGUACUGCGUACAAUGUGAUUCUGGACUUUGGCAUCAGCAAUGUCCGAGUCUCUCGCCGGUUCAUCUUCAAACGACAACCCAGUAGUCUCCUAGACACAGUUAAAGCAACAGUCCCUCCUGCAAUGAGUGCCAUCAAGAUAUCGAUAAUCGACGGUGGUUUUUCCACGCAAUUAUCGACCCACGUGGGUGACAAAAUCGAUGGUGAUCCCCUGUGGACCGCCCGCUUUCUGGCGACCCACCCAGAAGCAGUGAUGGCAACCCACCUGGACUUCCUCCGUGCUGGUGCCGAGAUCAUUCUCACGAACACCUACCAGGCGUCGAUCGAGGGUUAUGCAGAGCACCUGGACAUGACCGAGUCCGAGAGUCUUCACCUGAUCCACAAAGCUGUGGAUCUCGCCGACGAGGCUGUGAGGAUCUACAUGAAGGAGACGAGGAGUGAGGAGCGUCCACUGAUUGCUGGCUCCUGUGGUCCCUAUGGGGCCUCUCUGCACGAUGGGUCUGAGUACACAGGCUCCUACGCGGGCUCCGUCACCAGGGGAUUCCUCAAGGAGUGGCACAGGCCCCGGAUCGAGGCGCUGAUCAACAGUGGGGUCGAUAUUCUGGCGCUGGAGACUAUUCCCUGCGCUACCGAGGCGGAGGCACUCGUCGAACUCCUCAAGGAAUAUCCCAGCACCAAAGCUUGGAUCACUUUCUCAUGUCGGACCGAUGGCAGGAGCAUCGUCGAUGGCAGUGACUUCAGGAGAACUGCCCUGGCUUCCUACAAGAGUGCAAUUCCUGGACAGAUUGUUGCUGUCGGGAUCAACUGCAUAGCACCGAGCAUUGCGGCGUCCUUCUUCGAGGGUAUCAACGAUGGUGAAGGCUUUCUACCACUCGUUCUGUAUCCAAACAGUGGAGAGACCUACACCGUAGCCGAGGGCUGGAGGAAGCUGGGCUGUGAGCCACAGCUGGAGAACUUCAUUCAUCAGUGGUUGGAUCUUGGGGUCAGGUAUGUGGGGGGAUGCUGCAGAACUGGGGCCAAGGAUGUCAGCAAGAUCAAGAAGGAAGUCGAGAAGUGGGUGGGGAAGAAGAAGAGGGACUCGGAGUGUUGUUGAUGAUCAUGGAAAUUCUAGUUUUAUCAUGGGUUUUUUUAUCGCUGGUUUUUAGGGGAAAUUCUUCUGGAAUUCUGGGAGAUAUCAUUGUAAAUUGAGGUAAUAAAGGCCUUUGUUCGGAUCCUUUCACAA